GAGUGACUCAGGCCCCGCGACCGAGCAGCUAGCGCGUCCACACGACUAAGGGAGGGAAACAUCGAAUCCUCCCUACGAAUGUGCCUUUAAUUUACCUCUUCUGUUCUUUUAUCUCUUGAUUAUUUUGGCUAGAAUUGCCCUGUAGCUUGUUCAGCGCUCUUGGUUGGAUUUUUGCGCCGUUUGGAAGUCCAGGUUGUUACAAGGGUUGCGGCGAAAAUUGGUCUUUCCGGUUAUACCGAGUUAACUGCCUUGGCACAAAAGAGCUUGCACCCAUGGGUAAUCUGCUUCGACUGCUAAGUAGAGAUGAUCCUGGUACUGGGAAAGUGGACAUCUUCCUGGAUUUUGAAAAUGCUCAGCCCACUGAAACAGAAAGAGAGGUGUACGAGGUUGUUAAAGGAGUGCUAGAUAGUGCUGAUAGGAUGCUGGAAGAGCUUCGUUCAUAUCCUGGAGCCAGUCAAGCCAUCAGAGAAGCAAUAUCAAAUCCUAUGAAUGAAGACUUACAAGAAAUUGCAUGGAGAGAAGUUGUGCCUCUGGUUGGGAAACUCAAAACAUUUUACGAGUAUGCAACUGAACUAGAAUCAGUACUCCCUCAGUUGCUCCACGCACUAUGUGCAGGUCCAGAUACACCCAUCGAACACCUGGAGAAACAUCAGGCCUUAGCCAAGCAGUUUGCGGAGAUACUUCACUUUACAUUAAAGUUUGACGAUUUAAAGAUGACCAAUCCGAAUAUCCAAAAUGACUUCAGUUACUAUAGAAGGACACUAAGUAGACGGAAAAUGGCAAACUCAGAUGACGAUGAAGUGGUGGUGUCCAAUGAAAUGGCCAAUCGAAUGUCUCUUUUUUACGCAUACCCCACACCACUACUGAAAAUAUUAAGUGAUGCAACCACAAAGUUUGUUUCUGAGAACAAAAGUCUUCCUAUAGAAAAUACUACAGAUUGUCUAAGUACAUUAGCAAAUCUUUGCAGGACAAUGAUAGAGAAUGAAAAUAUUUCUUCAAGAUUUCAAAAUGAAGAAGAGACCAUCCUCUUUUGUCUCAGAGUAAUGGUGGGUGUGAUUAUCUUGUAUGACCAUGUCCAUCCUGUUGGAGCUUUUGCAAAGACGUCUAAUAUUGAUAUAAAAUCUUCCAUAAAAGUCCUCAGGGAUCAGCCUCAAGGAACUGUGGAUGGUCUUUUAAAUGCUUUGAGGUACACAACGAAACAUUUAAAUGAUGAGACUACUCCUAAGAACAUUCGCGCCCUCCUACAAUAAGCAUAAUCUUUGUAAAAAUCAUCUUUCUAUUUAUCAUCAAUCAAUCAUCCUAAGUGUCUAUCAUUUGAAAGGUAUUGUUUUCUAAAUCUAACAAAUCAUCCAGAUUGUUUUCUAAGCAUUUGACCAAUGACAAAUACCUCAAAGAGUGUUGUAAUAAUCAUAUGGAUAUCACCAAGAAUUAAUAGGAUUUGAAAUAUCCUAUUUACACCCAUUCUAUUUUGCAAAAAAAAGAUAAAUAUCUAUUAGAAUUCCCUAGUGUUAUUAUAAUGAGCAAUAGUUCAAUACAAUUGUGAAGUGGACCAGGUACAGUACAACUGAGGAUUUCCUAUAUCCAGAACUGUUUAUUAUGUAGUUUGUAUGGUGUUUCUCGUGCUUUGUACUGAAUUAGAUUACAUUUUGCUGAGACACUAUUUGCUUUUUUAGCGUAUGUCUGAUAUUUUUUAUAUAAAUUUUUUUUUUGGAAAAUUGUCUUGAUCUUCUUCAUUAGCAAUUGGGCUAAUGUAAUUUCUGUAGAAUGUUGUUUAUUUUAGCAAAGACAAAUAAAUAAAACCAAAAAUCAGUGUA